GUAAAUCCUUCCCUAUGCCACAUUUUCAUUACAAUGCACACUCACCCCUGACCCUGAGUUUUAGCUUGAGCAAACUUUUCGAGACCAUAGAGAGUUUUCUCACUGCAAGAGCUUGCCUUCUGAAGUUGCUACUUUAGCUUCUUCAAAAUCAAAAAGAGAAGGAGAAGAAGAAAACAGGAAAGGAAAAUGGCAGGAGGUGGACAUGCACCACCGCCAAAACAGGAGGAGCUACAGCCUCAUCCAGUCAAAGAUCAGCUACCAAACGUUUCCUACUGCAUUACCAGUCCUCCUCCUUGGCCUGAAGCUAUCCUACUUGGCUUCCAACAUUACUUGGUGAUGCUUGGCACAACAGUUCUCAUUCCUACCUUUCUCGUUCCCCAGAUGGGAGGAGGACAUGAGGAGAAAGCAAAAAUGAUUCAGACUAUCCUGUUCGUUGCUGGAUUAAACACCUUGCUUCAAACAUUCUUUGGGACUCGUUUACCAGCAGUGAUUGGAGCAUCUUACACCUAUGUGCCAACAACCAUUUCAAUCAUCUUGGCUGGUCGAUAUAGUGAUGUUUUGAACCCCGAGGAGAAAUUCGAGAAGAUAAUGCGCGGAACCCAGGGUGCACUUAUUGUUGCAUCAACUCUGCAGAUUGUUGUUGGCUUCAGUGGUCUUUGGCGCAAUGUGGCGAGGUUCAUAAGUCCACUUUCUGCUGUUCCUUUGGUUGCUUUGUCAGGCUUUGGGCUGUAUGAGUUUGGUUUUCCUGUGUUUGCAAAAUGUGUGGAGAUUGGGCUACCACAACUCAUCAUUCUACUGAUAUUUUCACAGUACAUACCUCAUUUGAUGCGCAGUGAGACACUCUUCUUUGAUCGCUUUGCGGUUUUAUUUUCGGUGGCGAUUGUGUGGGUUUAUGCUCAUCUGCUCACUGUGGGUGGGGCCUAUAAGAACACAGGACCCACAACUCAAUUGACCUGUCGAACUGAUCGUGCUGGCAUUAUAGGUGCUGCUCCAUGGAUAAGAGUUCCAUAUCCUUUUCAAUGGGGAGCUCCCACUUUUGAUGCUGGAGAAGCUUUUGCAAUGAUGGCUGCUUCAUUUGUUGCUCUUGUAGAGUCCACUGGCGGCUUUAUUGCUGUGUCAAGGUAUGCAAGUGCAACUCCGCUGCCACCUUCUAUUUUAAGCCGUGGUGUUGGUUGGCAGGGAGUGGGCAUUCUUUUCUGUGGUAUAUUCGGCACUGGGAGUGGUUCAUCAGUAUCUGUUGAAAAUGCUGGUUUGUUAGCAUUAACAAGAGUUGGCAGCCGAAGAGUUGUUCAGAUUUCAGCGAGUUUCAUGAUAUUCUUUUCCAUACUCGGAAAAUUUGGAGCUGUCUUUGCCUCAAUUCCUGCACCGAUCAUCGCAGCAUUGUAUUGCUUUUUCUUCGCUUAUGUUGGUUCAGCAGGUCUUACCUUGCUUCAGUUUUGCAAUCUGAACAGUUUUAGGACGAAAUUUAUUUUAGGGUUCUCUAUUUACAUGGGCUUGUCAAUACCACAAUACUUCAAUGAAUACACCCUUGUUAAAGGCUACGGCCCUGUGCACACUGGCGCAAGAUGGUUCAAUGAUAUGGUGAAUGUUCCUUUCUCAUCGGAAGCAUUUGUUGCCGGUUUCCUGGGCCUAUUCUUGGACAUCACGCUGCAUCGCAAUGACAGUGCAACGAGGAAAGAUCGUGGCAUGCAUUGGUGGGAUAGAUUCCGAUCAUUUAAGACGGAUACAAGAAGUGAGGAAUUCUAUUCCCUGCCUUUCAACCUCAACAAGUUCUUCCCCUCAGUGUGAUCGUCAAAUUGGGGUGCUUCAGUGAACAGAGUCAAGUGGUCGCACAGUAUCUCAAAAAUGUGUGCAUCACACUAGAGAACAUGGAUGUUUUGUUUCCUCCUAAUCUUUUUAUUAACUCCAAGGAAGAACACAAUAGUACUUUAAACGAAAAAUCUUUGUUCUAGCAAGUCCCCUUUCUCCAAAUACCAACUGGGAGUUUUACUUUCCUGCAUUUGCAUGUGACUGGAUUGUGCAUGAGAAAAUUCAUUUGU